UUUUUUUUUAUGUAUACAUAGCUCUAGCCAUGGCUUCUUCAAACAAAGCUCUUAUUGUUGGCCUACUUACUGGUUCCGCACUAACAGUGUUAGCAACAAGUUUGUUUUACUAUUUUAAGGAGAAAGACAACGAUUUAGAUGACAGUAAUGAACAACAACAACAACAACCCGACAUUGUUGAAGGUGUCGAUGGACUUAUUGGUAACACACCACUUAUGAAGAUUCGAAGUCUCUCUGAAGCUACAGGAUGCUUAAUUCUUGGAAAAGCCGAAUUCUUGAAUCCAGGAGGUAGCUCUAAAGACCGUGUUGCACUUAACAUGAUAAAGACUGCAGAGGAAGAAGGUAUCUUGAAGCCCCAUAUUGGAAGUACAGUCUUUGAAGGUACAGUAGGUUCUACUGGUAUCUCUAUUGCCAUGAUUGCUCGUGCUAAAGGUUAUAAGGCCUGGAUUGUGAUGCCUGACGACCAAGCUAAAGAAAAAUAUCAAUUACUUGAAAAAUUAGGUGCUACAGUUGAAAAGGUUCGACCUGUCAGCAUUAUUGAUAAGAAACAGUUUGUUAAUUUGGCCAGAGAGCGAGCAAGUAACUUUCAUGAGGGAGAAGCAAAAGGAUACUUUGCAGAUCAGUUUGAAAACGAGGCAAACUUUAAAGCACAUUAUACUUUUACAGGUCCUGAAAUUUACCGUCAAACAGGAGGCCGCAUUGAUGCAUUAGUGUUGGGAGCAGGUACGGGAGGUACCUUGUCGGGUAUUACUUGUUAUUUAAAGGAGCGUGUUGAAAAGUUGAAGGUCUUUUUGGCAGACCCUCAAGGCUCUGGAUUAUACAAUAAAGUAAAAUAUAACGUCAUGUAUUCUCCUACUGAACAAGAAGGAAAUCGAAGGAGACAUCAAGUGGAUACAGUAGUAGAAGGAAUUGGUAUUAAUCGUCUGACACAGAAUUUUGAUAAAGGAAGACAUUUGGUUGAUGACGCCUUUAGAGUGACAGAUGAAGAAGCAAUCAAGAUGUCACGUUAUCUUGUACGUGAGGAUGGAUUAUUUAUCGGUAGUAGUUCUGCUGUUAAUUGCGUUGCAGCUGUUAGAGCAGCAAAGAAAUUAGGACCUGGACAUGUUAUCGUGACCUUAUUAAAUGAUUCUGGCCAACGCCAUUUAACUAAAUUUUGGAGUGAUGAAUAUCUUAAAGAACAAAAUAUUUAUACUGAAUUGAAACCAGAUGAAUCUGUUCUUGAUUUUGUUAAAUAAGUUUUAUUAUUAUUAUUAUCACUAUUUUGCAUGUAUCAUAGAUUUCUAUCCUUUCCUUCAUCAUUCUUUUUUUUUUCUAUUAUUAUUAUUACUAUACAUAUAUACUUGAAUUCUGUGAAAAGAAAAAGUACAUAAUAAUAAAAAAAAAAUGUUUAUAGACUGUUUUCUUUGAUAAAGUAGUGACAGCGAUAACAAGUUGCCCAUUGUGCGGUGAUUACAUUAUUCUCGAUAUAAAACGGAGCCAGCGCUAAUUCGUUAAUAGACAACAUG